AUGCUGAUAUCACCAUUCGCACGAUUUCCAUUCCGUCUAAUAUUGCUAGUUACGUUAUCAGUAAUCACGAUUGUAUGCAUCGUUCAAACCAUACCGUCGACUGAUGAGGAACGUUAUGAUAAUUCCAAAGAAAUGCAUAUAGAUCGCGUUAGCUUGAAUUUUCACCCGUCUCCUGUUCAUCACUUAGACAUUCAGCCAAACGCACCGACUAGUUCAACACCGCAAAGUGUUAGACACAAGGAAUCAGUGCAGAGUAACGAUCUGACUCUCCCUUCACUGUAUGAUCUUCUUCCGCACCUACGAAAUAAUCCGGACGCUCUACGUCCCUCGCUGGUGUACGCAAAUCAUACGAUUCGGAGGAAUGCUCGUCUCGUUAUUGGGGUGCCUACAGUUCCACGAGACAACCACUCAUAUUUGCUUCAAACUCUUCAAUCGCUGGCAUUUGGUCUUGACGAUGUGCAACAACGAAACGCAAAUAUUGUGAUUAUGAUCGGAAGUAAAGAUGGUGCGGAUACAACCUCUGUUAAACAGCAAAUAUCUCUGAUCGAAAGUGACUUCAAAGAAUUUUUGGACAACGGAUUCUUUCAUAUAAUAGUACCGCCACGAGAAUGGUAUCCUCCAGAUUUGGAUUCUAUAGAACCAACUCUCGGUGAUCCACCACAACGAAUGUAUUGGAGAACAAAACAAAAUCUUGAUUAUAUGUUUCUUCUGUUGUAUUGUCAAUCCUUAGGAGAGUAUUACUUACAAGUUGAAGAUGAUAUAUUGGCGAAAGAACACUAUAUGGAUCGGAUUAUAAAUUUUAUCAAUGAGAAAGGAAAUUUCAAAUGGUUUACAGCCGAAUUUGCAUCACUCGGCUUUAUUGGAAAGCUCUUUCACACAAAGGAUCUGCUCUAUUUGAUAAAUUAUAUCGCUUUGUUAUAUCGGUAUAAACCAGUUGACUGGAUUUUGGAUUCUGUUUUCAUGGACAGAUAUUGUCUUCCGUUCGAGAAGGCAAAACCCUGUUAUAAGAGACAAAAAGAUUAUCGAGUACCGGGUGGGACACUCUUCCAACAUAUCGGAAUCCACUCGUCUCUUGAAGGGAAAAUUCAGAAGCUGAAAGAGAAGAACUUCGGUCAAUCGAAUACCUUCUCAGCUCAUACCGACAAUCCAAAAGCUGUCGUAAACACCAGUUUAAAGCAAUUCAAGGAAUACGGUAAUUUUAAUUUGAAUGUAUUCAAAAUUUUUAUGAUGGCCGAUCGUUGUUCUGGUCCUCAGUUCCGCCGACCUUUGGAGAUUAUAUCAGCAUCCAUUUUACUGAUCAAGUCCAUGUCAAAGUCUGUCAACCUGAAAACAUUUUCAGGAUUUAUCAUCCGUUCGGGCAAUCCCGAGCAUCCAGAUGAUAAAUUUGACAAUAGGACAGUUGUGCUGACGAAGAGUGGUGCAGAAGGCUCGGCAUUCGAGAAACUGUGCACGUUCAAUGAACGCGGUAUUGCACGGCAUCACUUUGCUGUGCCGACCUCAUUGCAGGCGAUUCGUUUGGAGGUGCAAACGAAUUACUCGAAUUGGUUGUUACUGAGUGAAUUGCAUAUUAGGCAUUCGUAG